AUGGAAUCCUGCUUCGCAGUCUCACAUCGGUCGCUGACAAUGCCGGCCGCAUCCUUGGCUCUGGGAUUAGUCGUGGUCCUGUUGGCCACCGGAAAUGGACAAUCGCAGCAGCCAGUGGCCAACAGCAAGCAGUCGCAUCUCUGGCUCGAUUGCUCCUGCCUUCACUUGUCCGAGCGAAAUGCCACCCAAUGGGGCAGGUUGGCCAUCAAUGCCAGCCAUUCGCUGGGAGCCAAGAACAACUGCCUGAUGAUCUUCAUUGGCGGAAUGGACGACGAGCUGGUGGCCUUUCAGCUCGAGCAGUUGCAGCUGCGCGCCGGGUGCUUGGACAGCGUGGACGUCUUUCCCUUUUUGCGGGAUCCCGUCAUCGAGAACGCGACACUGGCGGCGGACACCUUCUGCCAGCACAGCCGGGAGCGCAGUGCCACGCCUAUUUAUAGCGCGGGUCGAUUGCUCGGACUGCGCCUCCGGUUCCAGCAGCCGCCCACCGACCUGGCCAGCUGGAACUUGACCCUCAGCGCCAGCUAUCGAUUUUUGAAGCGAGAAAACUUCCGGACGGAUGGUCGAUUAGUUCCGCACAGCUUCUGCGACUUCUACUUCUUCGCCAGCUUGUCCGGCGAGGAUGGAAAUGUGGGCCAGGGCUACUUCCACUCGCCCCAGUUUCCCGCACACUACCCGGCGCACAUCAAGUGCGCCUACAAGUUCAUCGGUCGGCCGGACACCCACGUGGAGAUCCUCUUCGAGGAGCUGCAGCUGCCGCCGGUGGUCAGUGGAGGAUGCCAGUUGGAUGCACUUACUCUGUUCGACGCGGAGUCCGCUCACAUGAGCUCGGUCAUCGAUGUAAUCUGCUCCAGCCGACCCACCCGCCGUCUGGUGAGCACUGGUCCCGAUCUGCUGCUCGAGUUCAAUGCCAGCUCCAAUCGCACGGCCAAAGGAUUUCGGGGAAAGUACAAGUUCGUGCCGAAUGAGCUGGGAGUGCCGGAACCCACUUCCCCAUCUCCGGCGGUUCUGGAGGCAGCCAGUGUGGCGAUGAAGCAUGAAAAGCUCCAGCAGGAGCAGUCCUUCGCCGCCAAGCAGAACAGUCUGCCGUUGGAUGUGGAACUGCCGAAGCCCGGUCGCUCAUUUGAACAAUGCAAACAGACGUUCGACUCACGAGUAAAUAAAUCGGGAAUAUUUGACUCCAAUCAGCUGUUGUUGGCGAAGCACGCGCUCGGCGGCGUUGUAAUUGGCGGCUCGAGAGUCCUACAGUGCCGUUACGAGUUUGAAGCCCAGGCGCCAGAACGAGUGCAGAUACGAUUCCAUGACUUCAACGUGCCCACGGAGCACGAGAAUUCCACGAGAUGCCAGCCGGGCGAUGCGCUCCACGUGGUCAGCGAAGUGCGCGGACGGUACGAGACGCAGGAACUCCUCUGUGGUGCCUUCUUGCCCAAGCCACUGAUGUCCAGUGGACCCCAGCUGCACCUCCAGUUUGUCGGAAAAUAUCCGCCUACUAUGACGAACAAGGUUCAAUACUAUGGAUUUCGCGCUGAGUACCGCUUUUUAACCAAUUUUGGAAUCAUGUCCGGAACUCAAAAGGAAGGGUGCUCCUUUGUGUACAAUAGCAGUGAGCGCAUAAGUGGCUUGUUUCACUCUCCAAAUUUUCCUGGAUAUUACCUGGAAAAUGUGGUGUGCAAUUAUUAUUUCUACGGAGCAAGUGACGAAAGAGUUGUGCUCCACUUCACAUAUUUCGAUGUUGAAGGCAUUGGAACUUGUGACCACCAAACCGCCAGCGAUUACAUAGAGUUCUCCAAUUUCAUGAGCACGGAUCGAAAGUUCAGCAGAUACUGUGGAAAGCUUCCCGACUUUGAAAUGCGUUCGGAUGGACGCUUCUUUCGCGUCACCUUGCAUUCAAAUGAUCGCUUUGUGGCCAUCGGAUUUCGCGCCCUGUACACCUUUGAAACCAUUCCCAUGAAUAAUUCUAUCGCCGAUCUGCGAGAUACCGCCUCCAUGCAGAGCUUCGUCUCAACAGCUUCAGUUAGUAAAAUUGUAAAUUUAGGCAGCUUAAUGAUUUGUAUCCUAUGCACUUAUAAACCAUACCAAUAUUAUGUUUAAAAUUUAGAGACAUAACAUUUCGCAAGUUUAUUUUCUAUUCCGGUGACAUACUUUUUGCAUAUUCAUUAGGUCCAAAUAUUUAAACCUGCGCAAAAAAUAUCGAU